AACGAAAAAACCAAAAACAGUGUGACUUGUGAAUCAACCGCUGGUAAAGUCACAACAAUUUUUUAUUUUUUAUUUUAAUUAUUUUACCCUUUUUUUCUUUUCUUUUUUCCCUCACAAUCAUUUUGUCUCUUUCCCCGCUCUCUCGCUCUCGCCGCCGUCUGCGUAACGGUCUCCGGCCGCAUUACGCCGAUCAAUCUCUUCCCUCCGCCGACGUUUCCAAAUAAUUUCCGUCGAAGUCUAUUUGAGACGUGUUCCGAUUCGAUUCACUGCCCGAAGCUUCGUUUGUUUCUUCAGGAGGUGUGCACAAUGAUUGGAUCGUUUCUAACAAGAGGACUUGUAAUGGUAUUUGGAUAUGCGUAUCCUGCUUAUGAAUGCUACAAAGCGGUUGAAAAGAAUAAGCCUGAGAUGCAACAGCUUCGAUUCUGGUGCCAAUAUUGGAUUUUGGUGGCUGCUUUGACGAUUUUCGAAAGAGUUGGCGAUGCUUUUGCUUCUUGGGUUCCGCUAUACAGCGAAGCAAAGCUGGCAUUUUUCAUAUAUCUUUGGUUCCCCAAGACCAGAGGAACUACAUACGUUUACGAUUCCUUCUUUAGACCAUAUGUUGCGAAGCAUGAAAAUGAAAUUGACCGUAACUUGAUUGAGCUAAGGACCAAAGCUGGAGAUAUGGCAGUUGUAUACUGCAGAAAAGCAGUGUGCUAUGGACAAACAAGAAUCACAGAAAUCCUACAUUUUGUAGCUCUACAAUCAACACCAAAACCUCAGCCUAAGGAAAAGAAGCAGGCAGAACAAGAAGAGGAACAGAAACAACCGGAUCUUAAGACGACGAGCCAAGCAGCUUCCAAUCCUCAAGGGCGUCUGCAAUCAAAGAAACCACAGCUUCAAACCAAAGAACCUAUAUCAUCACCAAAGCCACUUUCAUCCUCCCCACGCAAGCAGCAGCAACAACUACAAACAGAGACCAAGGAAGCAAAAGCAAACGUGUCACAAACCAAACUCACUACUCUAUCUCCACCAGGACCACCAUCAUCAUCACCCUCAACCGCCAUGAAACCAAACACUGAUCCGCCGCAGCCAUUAUCAACAGAGGCAGAGAAAGCGUCACCAAUUGUUGCAGCGUUACCACAACCAGCGUCUGCGAUUCAACGAGCGUCAUCUGCGAAAGAGACGAUAAUGGAGGAAACACUAAGGGUCACUCGCGGGAGUCUGAGGAAAGCUCGUUCAACGGGAGUACCGCGCUAAACAGGAAACAGACAACAAGUUCAAAACUAUUGCCUUAUAAUGGGUUCUUUCUAAAACAGGAACAAUCGAUUCUAUUAAACGGUGUUACUUGUCGUUUUAGUUCGAUGUAAAUUUUUCAAACUCUAGACUCGUAGUGGAUCUUGAUCUGUUAUUAGCUGAGAAAGAAAAACAUGUUACCCU